GCUGGAGACGCUCUUAUCCCUGCUCGAAUCCACGUUCUCCCCACAUAAGACGUCACCAAUUCGCUCGACUAUCUCUCGCUAGCCGCCGCCGCCGCACCAAUCCUUCCAUCAGCCGCCCUCCAUUACAUCCGCCCGGCACCAGCAGCGGCAGCGCUCCUCUUAUCAAGUCUCCACUCGCUACGUGGGCGGCAUUCUGCUAGGCCAACCAUCCGCCGUGAAGAACACAAACGUCUAAUGGCGCCGCAGCUCCUGGGCUACUACUGGGUCUCCUCCUGGCCCCUGCUCCCGCAGUUUCCCCCGUGGCCCUGCGCAUCCCACGCCCAGCGCCGCAGGGUGAUAUGCUUUGGGCCGCCCCGCUGCCGCGCCGGCGCAGUCAGGGUGAUAGCGGAGGUGGACCCUUCGCUGGCCCUGGACCGCAGUGCGAAGACGGUGGAAAUCCAGUUUCCGACUGAGGAGGACGGUGUGAGGAAUGAGGAAGACGGCGAGGCAGUGGACGAGAGGGAGAUGAUGAGGCGGAUGCGGAUAUCGCAGGCGAACAAGGGGAAUACGCCGUGGAACAAGGGCAGAAAGCACAGCCCAGAGACGCUCCAGCGGAUUCGGGAGAGGACACGGCUUGCUAUGCAGAACCCCAAGGUGAAGUCAUUUAACUUGGAAUGUCCAUGCCAUGAUCUCUUUUUGCUUUCUACUGGGUAUGUUUUGCAACCUUGCCAGGUUAAGAAAAAGCUGAUGAAUCUCGGACAUGCUCAGAGCGAAGAGACCAAAAUUAAGAUAUCAUUGGGAGUGAGGCGUGGGUGGAGCUUGCGUCUACAGAAGCUAAUGGUUCAGGAUGGCUGCUUUGUGGAGUGGCGGAAAAUGAUAGCAGAUGCAGCUAGGAAGGGCUUUGCUGGUGGAAUUGCCUUCCAAUGGAAUUCACAUAAAAUAUUGACUGAGCAAUUGCGGCAGGAGUGGUUGGAGAAAGUCCAGCAAAGAAGAUCAAUGCCUAGGCCGACAGGUAAUAGAAGAGCGCCAAAAACUCCUGAGCAGAGGAGAAAAAUUGCAGAAGCCAUUGCUGCGAAGUGGUUGGAUCGAGAAUACCGUGAACGUGUUUGCAGUGCAAUUAAUAGCUACCAUGGAACAUCUUCUGGAUCUAAGGUACCACGUAAACAAAGAACUCCGAGAGAACCAGGUGCAAAGCGUGAAAAGAAGAAAUCUAUUCAACACAGAGCUGUCAGCUUGGACGAUGCACAUGCAAGAACUGCUCCGGUUAAGAGAAAGAAAAGUGCAACUCCUUACAAAGAUCCUAUGGCUGGUGAGAAACUAGAAAUGAUAACGAAGAUUCGAGCCCAAAGGACAGCACUGGAAAUAGAGAAGAAAGAGGCUAUUGAAAGAGCCAGGUCGCUCAUUGUAGAAGCCGAAAAAGCUGCAAAUGCUCUUGAGCCUGUUGCAGCGAAAAAUCCAUUUGCUCAAGCAUCACUUAUAGAAGCUAGAAAACUUGUUACAGAGGCAAGAAUAUCACUCAAAGGUGUUGAUGAUAAUGAUGGGCCCGCAGAAAGUUCUUCUGAUGAUACAUCGGAUGACUCAGGUGUAUCCGAACUGCACAAGUACGAGUUGGAGAAUCAAAAUAACCUUAUUAAACAAGAGAAUAAAUCUGUAAACGGAAUGAAGCUACCUCCAAGGACUGUUAAUGGCAUGGAUUUCUAUUUUGAUGUGUCUGCACUAGGUGAAAAGGAACAACUCAUUAUGUAUCAGAGGAUAGAGAACUCCAUGGAAAGAGCUUAUUUGCUUCCUUCAGCUUUUUCAACAGUUCAAUAUGUGAACGGAAAUCUUGGAACAAAUGGUCUAUAUAUCAAUAAGCAAGUGGUCAAUAACGACCAGAUCGACCAGAUUGCAGCAGAAACAACAGAAUUCAUUUCAGCAGAGCCUCUAGAGGAUGUGUCCUCACCUGCUAAUAAGUCUAAGAUGAGAUGGGUACGUGGAAGGCUAGUUGAAGCAGAAGAAUAAACUAGGAGGUCUAAGCAGUCAAAUUCUCGGGAGAUUCAUCAUCUGAAAAUGUUUCAGAUUUGCUUCCAUUCUGCAAGGAUCUGCAAUUUGCAACAGGGAAAUGGAAUACUUGAUUCGGAUUCAUUUAUUGUUGGUAUGUUCCUCCCUGGAAAAAAAUGACGAGCAUGCCAGGGAACGGCCUUCUGAUGAGCAUUGUAAUUAGUAGUUCCGACUUUAGAAACCCUCGGAUGUAGUCAGUUUUAGGAGAAAAUUAACUAUAAAUCAUGGUAAAGACAAUGUAUUUAUGUAAUGUGUCAUUCCCCUCC